UUUACAUCCGGCCGGGGCGCGCCGCCGCCGCCACUGCCGCCUGGGAUCGUUCGGCCAGGGGUCCGAGCCGCUCGCACCAUGGACACCAGCGACCUCUUCGCCAGCUGCAGAAAAGGGGAUGUGGGCCGAGUGCGGUACCUGCUGGAGCAACGGGACGUGGAGGUGAAUGUGCGGGACAAGUGGGACAGCACCCCCUUGUACUAUGCCUGCCUGUGUGGGCACGAGGAGCUAGUACUCUAUCUUCUGGCCAACGGAGCCCGCUGUGAGGCCAACACCUUUGAUGGGGAACGCUGCCUCUAUGGGGCACUUAGCGACCCUAUCCGCCGGGCCCUGCGCGAUUACAAGCAGGUGACAGCCUCCUGCAGGAGGCGGGACUACUACGACGACUUCCUGCAGCGGCUUCUGGAACAGGGCAUCCAUAGCGACGUGGUUUUUGUGGUGCACGGGAAGCCCUUCCGGGCACAUCGCUGCGUCCUGGGCGUGCGCAGUGCCUACUUUGCCAACAUGCUGGACACCAAAUGGAAGGGCAAGAACGUCGUGGUUCUGAGGCACCCACUGAUCAACCCCGUGGCCUUUGGGGCCCUGCUGCAGUACCUGUACACAGGCCGCCUGGACGUCGGUGUGGAACAUGUUAGCGACUGCGAGCGGCUGGCCAAGCAGUGCCAGCUGUGGGACCUGCUCAGUGACCUCGAGGCCAAGUGCGAGAAGGUGUCCGAGUUUGUGGCAUCCAAGCCAGGCACGUGCGUGAAGGUGCUGACUAUUGAGCCCCCCACAGCAGACCCCCGGCUUCGGGAGGACAUGGCCCUGCUGGCCGACUGUGCCCUGCCCCCUGAGCUCCGUGGCGAUCUCGGGGAGCUGCCCUUCCCUUGCCCUGAUGGCUUCAACAGCUGUCCUGAUGUCUGCUUUCGGGUGGAAGGUUGCAGCUUUCUCUGCCACAAGGCCUUCUUCUGCGGCCGCAGCGACUACUUCCAGGCCCUGCUGAACGACCACUUCAGAGAAAACGAGGAGCUGGAGGCCUCAGGCGGCCUCCCGGCCAUCACUCUCCAUGGCAUCUCGCCUGACAUCUUCACGCACGUGCUCUACUACAUCUAUAGUGACCACACAGAGGCAGAGGGGACCUCAGUCGGUUCCAGAGCAGGGAUGAAUGGCAGGAGCCACAUCAUGAGCACAUGCCACCUGGGGUCCCCGAGUUCUCCAGUUGGAGGGUGGGUAGGGAGAGUAACCCUGAAUUACCACAACAGUGGGGAGCCCUGAGCUUCCUACCUCUGGAUAGCAGCCCAUGCCCAGGGUCCUGGAUUUCUGUCUCCUGUUCUCUUGUUGCCUCCCUGGGUCUUCAGCUGCCCCAAAGCAUCCCUAACGUGUGGGUGACGGGGCAGCUGGGGCUAGUGCCGAAGGCGUGUGUGUGUGUGUGUGUGUGUGUGUAAAAGGCCACUGUGUGUGUGUGUGUGUAAAAGGCUACUGUGGUAAAGCAGAGAGAAGUUUGUUUCUCCUUCAUGUCUGAGGUAUGUGCACCAGGGCAGAUGGCUUACUGGGACCCAGGCUGUCCCCUCCAUUUGUCACUGUGACAUGGCCUAGGGCAGGGGUCUGCAGACCUUCUCUGAGGACUAGGCAUAAGUGUCGUGUGCCCGAGCAUCUUUGUCCCGGCCGUCCAGCGCUGCCGUCAUGCAGAAGCACCAUAGCCGGGGUAGAAGUGAGCGGCUGUAGGUCUGUUCCACUCGCGCUUCCUGACGAGAUACAGAGCGGCCCGGACCUCGUCCACAGCACCUGAGGUGGUAUUCUCCUUUGCACCUGGAGAUCGGGGUACAGGCCGACUCACGCGUUAGGAGGCUGAGGAAGACGAGGCAAGCAGUUUCCUUUGUCCUAGGCCAGGUGGAGGCCACACACACCAGUUCUCCUGUGGCUCUGGAGAGAACUCACUUAGUGGCCGUACUUGUCAGCAAUGCAGGCUGGGACAUGUGGCCUCUGGUCAGGGAGAAGGCACAGGGGACAAGCUGGGCUGUGAUGUCAGCCCUGUGGUCGGCUCAUGUAGCACCCCCAUUCACAUCUUCAGUUUCUGACAGCCUUUUGAGACAGGCAUGGUUGCACCUCCCAGAGAGGAGGAAACAGGUGCACAGAGGUGAAGUGACUUGCCUAGGGUCCCAACAGAAUUUCAGAACACGGGUCUGUGUGAUUCACAGCUCAGCUUCUUUCCCCUGCUAAGGCCCUGCCUGCACCAGGCCUGCAAGCCUGCCUGAGGCCCGGGAACCCCAGUCUCCUCCAGCCUCUCUGGUCCCAC